AUGACCGUCCCUAGCUCAUCGAGCAAUGCUGAUGUUAGAUCUGGGCCAUCCCUAGAUUCCGUCAAACAGGCCAUUCCGAUCAUCACAACAGUAUCACUGGCGAUUGUUGCGCUCAUCUCGUUUCUUGUUAUCUCUCAUCAGUCGAAACUACCCGUUGUAAAUGGCCCAGGAUGGUUCGAGCUAACCACAUUCAAGCGAUUGAACUUCAUGAAAAAUGGGGCAGAUAUCCUAAGAGAUGCCAGAAAACGAUAUCACAGUCAGCCAUACAAUCUCGUCAUGAGUGCUGGAUUGAUCACGAUGCUUCCUCCCAAGUAUGCCCAAAUAAUCCGUAAUGACCCUCGGUUGUCGUUUGGGCAUUCAUUCGCACGUGAUUUUGCAGGUGAUGUACAUGGCCUAGAGCCAUUGAAUACCUUGGCAGACCAAAGGCGACUCGUACAAUUGGUGAUACAAAAACAACUUACCAAACACCUGAACUGGAGAGAGAUUCGAAUCACCGACUCCAUUCUUCAACUGGUUGCCCGGCUAUCAACCAAGGUUUUCCUAGGAGACAAGCUAUGCCGGAAUGAAUCUUGGCUUCAAGCUUCCAAGGAGUAUACUCUUUACUCCUUCAGAGCUGCACUCUCAGUCAUCUUCCUGCCCUCACCACUCAAGUAUCUCAUGUCCUUCUUCUCGAAUGAUGUUAGACUUGCUAAACAAAGCCUCACCAAAUCCCGUAAUGUUCUAGAGCCAAUUAUCCAAGAACGUAGAAAGGCCAGGACGGAAGCUAUCAAGAAUGGCGAGCCGGCCCCUGCUUACAAUGAUAUGCUAGACUGGCUUGAUCAAGAGAGUAAGGGGGGAUCAUAUGAUCCUGUUCAUUACCAAAUGGUUCUGUCAGCUGGAGCAAUUCAUACUACUUCAGACCUCCUGGGCCAGACAAUAAUGCGUUUGGCUCAAGAACCCGGAUGGAUUGCAGAGUUGCGAAAGGAGAUUAUUGAGGUCCUCAGCAAGGACGGCCUCACUAAGGCCGCCCUUGCUAAUUUGAAGCUUAUGGACAGUGCCCUGAAGGAGGCAAGCAGAUUAAUCCCGAUUUCUGGUAUGUUAAUGAGAAGGUUAGCAAAAGAAGACAUCACUCUUCCAGAGGGAAUCGUGAUCAAGAAGGGCCAAUUCCUCGCUGUGGAUGGUAUUGAAGCAUGGAAAGCAAAGAAUUAUCCAGAACCUCUCAAGUUCGACAUGUACCGGUUUUACCGGUUGCGACAAGACCCUUCCACCGCCUCUAAGGCCCAUCUUGUUUCCACUAGCCCUGAACACUUGGGAUUUGGACACGGAGACCAGGCAUGUCCUGGCCGUUUCUUCGCCGCCAAUGAGAUGAAGAUUGCUCUUUGCCAUCUUUUUCUCAAAUACGAUUGGGAACUCACUCCUGGAGCAAAUCUGGAGCCGUACCACGUGUACGGCGACGUUUUUACUUUAGACCCAAAUAACGUCAUUCGAUUUCGGCGCCGCAAGGAAGAAGUAGAUUUAGAGGGCCUUGCAUUUAUAUAG